AUGUCUACCGAGAAGGUCAACAAGGUCACUUUGACCAGCAACGAGGGAUCGAACAUUCAAGUCGAUCGUGUGGUAGCUGAGCGGUCCAUGCUCAUCAAGAACCUGAUCGAGGACUUGGGUGACGACGCCGUCGCGGGCCACCCCGUCCCAAUCCCUAACGUGAACGACCCGGUGUUGCGCAAGGUCUUCGAGUGGUGCGAACACCACCGCAACGACGCCGCCCAGUCGGCCGACGAUGACAACGACAACAACAACCGGAAGAAGACGACGGAUAUCGACGAGUGGGACCAGAAGUUCAUGCAGGUCGACCAGGAGAUGCUCUUCGAAAUCAUCCUCGCUGCCAAUUAUCUUGACAUCAAGGCCCUUCUCGAUGUCGGCUGCAAGACCGUGGCCAACAUGAUCAAGGGCAAGUCACCAGAGGAGAUCCGGAAAACGUUCAACAUCACGAACGACUUCACUCCGGAAGAGGAGGAGCAGAUUCGUCGUGAGAACGAAUGGGCUGAGGACCGCUAA